UGCCGACAACGAAACGGUCACCUUUAGUAUCUCUCGACACAUCCAUGUGUCACUCUUUAACUCUCUUUCUCUCCCCCCCAAAUUUCAUGCUCACACUAUCUAUAAUCUCCUUUAACUUCUCAACAAAUCUCCACAUUUUCUCUUUUUUUGAUUUUGAUUUCUUUCCCCAUUACCUUAUUUGAUGCGACCCAAGAACUAUUCUCAGAUGGAGAAACCCAUCUCGACGGGGAAGUACCGUAUCAACAACAACAACAACAACAACAACAAUCAUAACAAUGUCUGGUUCAUUGUUCCACUCUUCUUCAUCCUCUGUUUCGUUCUCCUCUGUUUCGACUACUCUGCUCUCUUCACCGACACAGACGAACCCUCUUUCUCAAUCCCUGACGUUACCCAGAAAUCAAUCCCCUCUGAAUUCACUAAAGGUGACAACUUUUCUCGAAAACUCGACGACCCAUCUCCUUCUUGCUCCGGUCGGUACAUCUAUGUUCAUGAUCUUCCGUACAAAUUCAAUUUCGAAUUGCUUGAUAACUGCUAUUUGAUUACUAGAGGAACCGAGAAAGACAUUUGUCCUUACAUCGAGAACUACGGUUUCGGUCAUGCGAUUAAGAGCUACGAGAAUGUGUUGUUGAAGGAGAGCUGGUUCACGACGAAUCAGUUUAUGCUCGAGGUGAUUUUUCACAACAAGAUGAUGAAUUACAGAUGCUUGACGAAUGAUUCGUCUCUUGCCUCUGCGGUUUUUGUGCCCUUUUACGCAGGUCUUGAUAUGAGUAGGUAUCUUUGGGGUUUCAACAUUUCUGUUAGGGAUUCUUCGUCUCAUGAGCUCAUGAAUUGGCUUGUGGAACAGAAAGAGUGGCGUCGUAUGUCCGGUAGAGACCAUUUCUUGGUUUCAGGAAGGAUUGCUUGGGAUUUUAGGAGACAGACUGAUAACGAAUCUGAUUGGGGGAGCAAGCUUAGGUUCUUGCCCGAAUCAAGAAACAUGUCUAUGUUGUCUAUUGAGUCGAGUUCUUGGAAUAACGAUUACGCUGUUCCUUAUCCGACAUGUUUUCAUCCUAGAUCAGUGGAUGAAGUUGCGGAGUGGCAAGAGCUAAUGAGGUCUCGGAAACGUGAGUAUCUAUUCGCCUUUGCGGGUGCUCCGAGACCUGAGUAUAAAGACUCGGUUCGAGGGAAGAUCAUUGAUGAAUGUUUGGAAUCAAAGAAGCAAUGUUAUUUGCUAGACUGUAACUAUGGGAAAACGAAUUGUGACAACCCUGUCAAUGUUAUGAAAGUGUUCAGGAACUCGGUGUUUUGUCUUCAGCCACCGGGAGAUUCUUACACGAGACGAUCCAUAUUUGAUUCGAUAUUGGCAGGCUGCAUCCCAGUGUUCUUCCAUCCGGGGACUGCAUACGCUCAAUACAAGUGGCAUUUGCCUAAGAACCACACGAGUUACUCGGUUUAUCUACCGGUUAAGGAUGUGAAGGAGUGGAAUAUCAAAAUCAAGGAGAGGUUGAUUGAGAUUCCAGAGGAGAGAGUGGUGAGUUUGAGAGAAGAGGUGAUAAAGUUGAUACCGAGGGUGAUCUACGCUGAUCCGAAGUAUGGAUCAAAAGGGAAUGAAGAUGCAUUUGAGCUGGCUGUGAAGGGAAUGUUAGAGAGGAUUGAAGAAGUAAGAGAGAUGAUGAGACAAGGGAAAGAUGGUAGUGAUGGGUUUGAUGAUAGUGAUGAUUACAAGUAUACUUUUUCUCCUUAUGAACCUCAAAUUUUGGCAUAAAAGUGGAAACUAUGUCAUUCAUUACUGUGGCUUUUUUAGUUUUAUAUAGGUAAAAGCAAUUUGCUCAA